AUGUCCAAAGCCACCCCAUCACCAAAUCCCCUCCACGUUCUCCGCCAACGAUACCAAACAGCUCUGCACGAAUUCACCACGUCUCCAAAAUCCUUCGAAAUCCUCGACACCAUCGGCCGUCCGCACAUUAUCCCAUCCACACGAAGCACGCUCUACGUCCUUGACUCCUCCUUCAACCCGCCCACCCGCGCUCAUCUACACAUCGCAAAAUCCGCCCUUCUAACCGACCACCACAAUGAUCUGUCAACGGUUAGGUUACUCCUUCUGCUGGCGACUCAGAAUGCAGACAAGCCCUCCAAACCAGCCCUGUUUGAAGACCGGCUGGUCAUGAUGAACCUGUUCGCCAGAGACUUGCAAGAUGCACUUGUUUCCGAGGCAUCUACUACCUCAACUGCCGACGAGACAGUUCCGCCUAUUGACAUUGGUGUCACCAACUUGCCCUACUUUAUCGACAAAGCCGUGGCCAUAUCUUCAUCUCGAACUUACCCCGCAGAUUUGGAGCAAGUUCACCUGACGGGGUAUGAUACUUUGGUUCGGAUAUUCGACCCCAAAUAUUACCCGCCCGAUCAUACGCUGCAGCCAUUGGCGCCGUUCCUCGGACAGCAUCGGUUGCGGGUCACGUUACGGCCGGAUGAUGAAUGGGGUGGAAGAGACGAGCAGAGGAAGUUCUUGGUCGAUUUGGCGGGUGGGACAAUGGAGGAGAUUGGUGGGAGGAGGGAAUGGGCUGAGAGGAUCGAGAUUGUUGAGGGGAGAAAGGAGGGGGAUGAAGUUGUUAGUUCGACAAAGGCGAGGCAAGAGGCUGGUAAAGGAAAUGUGGAAGCCCUGCGGUGUUUGGUCACGGAGAGAGUGAAGGACUGGGUGGUCGGGGAGGGGUUAUAUAGAGCUUGA